AUGCUAAAAAGGAAACGCACUUAUCAAUACGCUAAAUGUAAACAACAACAACAACAACAACAACAACAACAACAACAACAACAACAACAACAACAACAACAACAACAACAACAACAACAACAACAACAACAACAACAACAACAACAACAACAACAACAACAACAACAACAACAACAACAACAACAACAACAACAACAACAACAACAACAACAACAACAACAACAACAACAACAACAACAACAACAACAACAACAACAACAGCAACAACAACAACAACAACAACAACAACAACAACAACCU